CGACCGGGAAGUUCAAAAUGAAAGUUUUGGUGAAAAAUGAAAUAAUUAUAUCAGAUUACAUCUCAAAGGUUUGAUUAAGACUUGAAAGUGUCCAACAUACAAAUUAUGGGAAAUUUAUUGAGUCGGUCAGUGACUCGUCACGAUCCUGCGAUUCCAGAUGAGCGCAAACGUAAACGAGAUGAUAUCGAUGACUUUUCCACUUCACACCUUGGAUUGUUGAACACUCCUAAAAGGAAACGCCUGCUCACAUCAAAAUACAUAUAUCAGACAUUGUUCCUUGAAGGAGAAGACAGUGACAUUACUAUACAUGCUCUUGGUCGUGACUGGAAGUUACAUAAACUCUACCUCAAACAGUCACCAUAUUUUCUCAGUAUGUUCAGCGGUUCAUGGAUAGAGUCAGAUAUGAACACAAUAAAUAUUGAUAUCCUUGAUGAAAAUAUCACUGAAGAAGCUUUGAAAAUAGCAUUUGGAUCUCUAUACAAAGAUGAUGUAUUCCUGAAGCCAGUACAGAUAGUCAGUGUUUUAGCAGCAUCUACUUUGUUUCAACUGGAUUGUUUGAUACAGCAAUGUUGUAUAAUGAUGAAGGAAACAUUAAGGUAUAAAUAUUCAUUCCUGUACAGUAUGUGUGUAUUAUACAAUUGUCAGACAUAUGGUUUAGAGGAUUUACGGGUCCGAUGUCUGAACUGGCUCACAAGAAACAUUUUGACCACUGAUAGUAUUACAUUUAUCAGGGAUAUUGGAGUAGAGCUGAUGACAGAAAUUAUAUCUUGUUCUCAACUGUAUGUGAUGCAGGUGGAAAUUGAUAUCUACACUCUACUGAAAAAGUGGAUAUUUUUGUGUCAAAAUCAGGACUGGUGUGGGGAAACUAAAAAUUUGCUUAAAGAUGCUGAUGCUUUCUUUAAAAAAGAAAUGAAAGGAAAGUCAGAAUGUUAUCUAGAGAGAGAUGAAGGGAGGAAGUAUUUUCAAGUGUUUGCUGCAAUAAGAUGGUACCAUGUAGUCAAUGAUAUAACAUCUAUAAAGAUGCUAGAGAAUGAUAAAUUAUUACCUGUUGGUUGUUUAAAUCCUAUGUUCCUGUAUGGAUGGAAGAGAAUGCUGUCUGUAGAACAAGGCUUAGACAAGGGACCUGAACUGAGCAUAGAUGAGAAUGUGUUCAAUGAUAGCUGUAUUAGAUGUGGGAGAGUUCUGCUCAAAAAUGAUGAU